GGCCUCCUGGGAGAGAAGAGGCAUCCACAGGGCUGGGGGCAGGGAGGCCAGUGCCACAGAACUGAACGGAAAAGUAAUUAUUUUAUGCUGGCCAAUAUGGAUUCAGAUUACCUUAUUGUGGCCUCAGAAAAUCUGUUACUUGAACGCGGACGUACUUGUGAUAAUCUCCGUACUGAAGACGUAAAAGAACUUGUUCUGUUAUAUCUGAAUCAAUUGCUAUUAAAAGAAGUGACUGUUUUGCAACGUUGUAGGUCACUCCGAAUCUGCAAUUUGUCCAACAACUUCAUCACAAAUAUCAAUUCUUUACGAGCAUGCUCGCAUUUAAUUAAACUGGAUUUGAGUGGAAAUCAGAUACAAAAGCUACCAGAUCGUGCGUUUUGGAAUGAAUUAAAGGAAUUAAAACUGAUGUACCUCCAUGACAACCAGAUUGGAGAUGUGAGCAACAUUGAAUCUCUGUCUUCUUGUCCAAAUCUCACAGCCUUGACCCUGUACGAUACACCAUUAAGCCUUCGCAAAAGUUACAGGCAUAUUGUUGUAAACAGUAUCUGGUCGCUGAAAGCUCUUGAUAAUUAUGUUGUUUCUGAUGAAGAAAUAAUCGAAGAUUGGUCCCUUCAGUACAGAUUUAGAAGUCAAAACCCUCACUUGUGCAUUAAUAUGUUACCUGCCCCAUGUACGGAUAUUUGUCUCCAGAGUGAAAUGAAAGAUGUUAGAGACCUUUUCACAAAGAUCAAUCACGUGCUUGUGCAUUGCUCCCCAGUCCUGAUCAUCCAGAGAUGGAUAAGAGGGUUUUUAACGCGGAAGAGAUUGGGAAUUAUUUCUCCCGUGAAAAUACAGAAGAAAAAAAUACAUAUUCUGCGUAGCCCGAGAAAGGAAGACGAUAUUGAUGGAAUUCAUGUUACAAAGAUAUUGAUACAGGAUUUUUCUGCAUUACCAUUCAGCAGCGACAGCAAAACUCUCCCUGUGAUUAAGCAGGGCAUUGAAUGUGUGAAUGACGCCUCUGACCCUGGAAUAAAGCGUAUCACUGUAGAUUUAAGGAAAUUGCAGAAGAAUGUUCUUCAGCAGGUGUUGCCGGAUGCAGCUAUUAAUUGUGAUCUUGAAAGCAAAUUGACAGCCCCCAAGAUAGAAGUAUUUAAAGAAGAUAACAAAAUAAAAGAAAUCAAAGCAAUCAAUCCUAUUAGUUCACCAAAAAAAGAUCAUACAGAGCCAGGUACAAAAGAAAAUGAUAACACCCAAUUUAGACUCUUGGGAUUAAGUUCCACCGUCUACGAGUCAGAUGGUUCUAAAGAAUUGCUAGCAGCCAAUGAAGAGUCAGCAAGAGAUAUUCGUGAAUCUAUUCAACUAUUUCAUUCCACUGUGCAAGAUAAGGCGCAACUUGCGCAUCGAGUAAAGACUUUAAAGCAAAGUUCAUCAUCUUUGGAAACUGGUGAUGCUAUGAAAAUGCAACCAUUGUAUGCAGUUGAUAAAGCUUAUGAGAACAGGCAAAAAUAUGAUAUUCAAAUGAAGAAGAGGAAUUUAGUCAUGCAGGUUUAUAACAAUAAAAUACAAGCAAAAUCUAAUGUUCAGGGAUUUCAUGAAGAGAAAAGGAAGCAUGUCAAAGAACAAAAUGAAAAAGACUCAAUCAUUUUUCAGCAAGACAUUGAGCAGAACCAGCUCACUCGACUCAACUUUAUCAAGACAGCAAAGCAGAGGCAGAAACAGUUCUCUCAGGAGAAGCAACAAAAAGCAUCUGAACAUUCAUUUGUAAAAGAAUUUAAUGCACAGCAUACGUCUGUGUCAAACACCCUUUUAAAACAUGAUAGAAUGCUGAAAAGUGGAGCGAAAACAAAAGAGAAGAUCAGAUUUGUACAGAGUUUGAAAGAAAAUGAAGAAAAACAGAAAUCACUUCUAAAGAGCCUUAAGGAACACAGGCGUCUAACUCUACAGAUUGAAAAUUCUGCAGAAAAAGAGGCACUUAACUCAGUUGUUCUGGAAAAUGCUCUGGAUAGAUUGCAGGAGGCUUGUGGUCAUGUUGCUAGUAUAAAGGUUCAACAAGUUACCGCAGCACCUAUGUUUAAAAUACCUGUAAAUCAACCUGUUUCCAAGACAAUGUGUAAUAUUUAAGCCAAGGGAUAAUUGUAUACAGUAGCAUCUUGAUCACUGUAAAAUGUUACUUACAGCUGAUAAAAUGGCAUAUGUAUUGUUUAACAGUAAUUGCCUUGAAGCAAUUUAACCUGUCACCUGUUUUAUCUGCCAGACACAGCUUUGCACCUGCUAUUAUGGAUGUUUGUGCAUAUUCUACGGAUACAGUUAUUUACAUAGAGGGGAUGAAUUAUUCUAAAUCAUAUUUUUAUUCACUAAUUUCUGCAUAUUCAGUUUACAAAUAAUUUUUUAAAGUGCUGCUAUGUGAAGAAUUUAAAGGACUGUGCCAUACACAUACAUUGUAUAUUUGUAACGUCUUUUCGAAGAAUUUUUAUUGAACAUUUUUCAAACUAUAACAAAGUGAACAUUUUGGGAAAAAUAAACUUGGGAAUGUGGUAGAGAAGAAAAGAAAGGGAUAAAAAG